AUGAAUAUUAUUUGGCAAAUUAUCCUUCUUCUUAUUUUAGUAGCUAAUUAUUCCUACGGACGAUAUGCUAUUAAAUGGGUUCGAACAAAUGAUCAACCGCUUAUAGACGAAUCCCUGAAAGCGGCUACUGCUCAUCAUAGAUUUGAUCAAUAUGGAGAUGAUUUACAAUCAAAAAUAACAAAUAUUGUUUGUAAAGCACGCAUUUUUAAUGGAAUUCGUAUUAAAUUAUAUUUCGAAAUUGAAAAACAAGUAUGGAAAUGUUUACUUUAUAAGCCAUUAGUUCAAGCACUUGGUAUAUAUUGUGAAAAUUGUACUCAAGUAACAGACGAAAAUUCACUUGAAGAAUUUCAACUUCAACACAAUGAUAAAAUAGAUCAUGAAAAGCCACAAGUAAAUGAUGAGCGUCAAAAAGAAGAAACUGAUGAUGAAGCUAAAAUAGAUGAAAUUCAUCAACACGGAGAAGAAAAAGAGACGAACAAUGAUGAGACGAACAAUGAUGAGACGAAUAAUGAUGAGCCUCAAGCUGAUAACAAUAAUCAGCAAGCACACAAUGAACACCUAAAUCAACAACCAGGUUUCGAACGAGAUACAGAUGAAAAUGAAAAAGUUUCUAAUGAAAACCAGGAUGACGAUGAAACAAAUAUUGAUACAAACCAUGCUGAACAAAAAAUAAAUCAAGAUGAAGAUGUACCUCAUAAAGAUAUAGACAACACGCAUAUUCAAAAUGAUAAUCAAUAG